CGGUUGGAAAUUAUUUUUAUACUACGAAAAGAUGGCUGACGAGGGCAAUCUAGAUGCUGAAAAAGUGUCAGGAGAUUCUUUGCAACCUCGCCGCAAACGAAUAGCAAAAAUCGUCGGGGGCAUUGUCGGCUGCCUUCUUGCAAUUAUCGCCAUCGUAGUUUUGGUUCUUCACUUCUCAAAAAGUGGUUCCACGGAUUCAAAUAAAGAUUUGAAAGAGAAAUUUGCGGGAAAUGGAACUUCAAAUAGCACUGAAAAGAACGAAACGUCUGUGGCCUCUAUUAUCGACAUUGACGACAACAGUACGAUCUCGACACCAUUAGAAACGACGACUGGAAUGAUAGAAAAUAUACCUCCGUUUCAAAAUGAGUCACAAAGAGUUUUUGUAACGAAUAAGCCAUUCAAUGAAAACAAAACAUCGGAAAACGACGUUCCUGAAACUUACAGUGCAGUGCUGACGACAACGCAUCCGUUUGCCGAAGAUGCUGAAGAUGUAGCAAAAUUGUCUGAUAGAACCAGCGUCAUUUUUGAAGAUAACUUCUCUAUGAAAGACGACGACAACGGAAUAUCAACAAGGAAUUCAUCCAGCAUGCUUGAUACUACUGUUGCUACACAGAAUAUAUCGGAGAGGAUGUCACAAAUUGACCCUAUAAAAGGGGAAUCGCCUGAUUCAACAACAAUACAGACGACCGGUGCAACAGCAAAACUGGCAAAAUCAACAGAAUCAGCUGUGACAAGUAAAUCGACCACAACAGCAACUACUACAACAAUAAAAUCAAUCACAACAACUAGACAUGUUCUUACGAAUACCCCAACAGUAACAAGGCCAGCGAUACCAUCAAACACAACAGCAAAAAUAUCCCUGGCGGAAAAAGAAAAUUCAAAGGCAGCUAAUACAUCAACAAACUCGAUUGAAAAUCCGAACAUAACGAAGACUAAUGAUGCAACGGCACAAUCAACAACAACAACUACGCUAAACACUAUGAAGGAAAUGAAGUCGACUAUUACGAGUGAGACAAACCAGAAUGAAAUUGCAAAAAUCUCUGGUACGACACCAAAACUGGCAAAAACAGUUUAUGAUGCAACAAAUAAAUCGACGAUACCAGCAAAUCCGACUACAACAACAGAAAAAACAAUCAAAACAACAAGAUCUGUUCCUACGAAUAACCCAACAGUAACAAGCUUGUAUGAAACAUCAAAGUUCUAUUUAACAUCAACCGAAAGCGCUGUCAGGGCAAACGAAACAAAAUCGACAAAAGAAGUUGUGCAAAUAACUCCAAAUACAGCAACUGAAUCUAUUCAAAAACCAUACAUAGCAAAUGUAACGUCUGCAUGGAGAAAUCCUAUCUUGACCGUAAAACCAUCGAAGCCCGCACAAACAAAAAUAUCGACUGUAACUGAAAAUCCCCCCGAACCGACUAGUAUCACAACAACAACAAAACUAACUUCAGCAAUAACAUUGCCAACGCCAACAAACUUACACAGUGUGAUAAAAUCAACAUCAAACUCUAUAAUAAUUUCAAAGCAAAAUAAAACAACUGAAAUAAGUAAAUUUAUACCAAGGACAUUCAAUGCCAAAGCCAGCAACAUGAAGAUGGCUACAACAACUACCACAAAAAAUACAAUUGUAACAAGUUCAAAGGUUUCCCAUCCACUACGAACAUUUGCAAAAAAGAUAUGGUCUUCGGUCUCAAGGAUUUUUAAUACGGUGGGAGAAUAAGCAAAUAUCAUUGUUAUCAUUUGUUGCAUUACUUUGAACUAAAAUAAUUCAGUUUAUUCAAAUUUGAGACAUAUUUAGGAUGUCCCUAAUGGACAUUUUAGAAUUUAACUGUUACGAGCGUAUACCCAAAAUCUGUAACUUAUUAUUCCAUAUCGAGAAUAACUGCUUUUUUUCUUAAUCGAUCACCAUUUCAUCUUGUUUGGUUGUAAUUUCAUGUGAUUUCUCAGGGAUCAGAUGCGGACAGUGAUACAAAGACAGCAAAAGCAACACCCCAAUCACCAACAAGGUCAGCAAUACCAUCAAACACAACAGCAAAAGUUGGCGUGGCCGAAAAUAACGCAAGAAAACCGCUUACGGCAGGAUCUAACGAUACAGCAAAACUAGUUGCAACACCAUACGCUGUAACAGCAGCAACGCCAGUGGAAGCAUUAUUACAACAAACUUCAGAGACGGAAAUAGACCAAACAUUCAGUGAAAACAAAACACCGGAAAACAAUGAGACUGAAACUUACAUUGAAGUGUACACGACAAUGCCUCCUUUUGUCAAAGAUACUGAAGUUCUAGCGAAACUGCCUCCUACAACAGACGUUAAUUUUAAAAAUGAUUCCUCUAUAAAAGACAAAAGUAUAUCAACAUGGAAUAAUAGAACUCUUGCGACA